AGUGGUUCAUUCCGCUGAGAGGGGAGCGAGGUUCCUGUAUCUUCUGUGGAUUUGCCGUGACGCGCUGAUGUUUGUGUGCUCGCUGGGGCGAAGGAGAACCGAGGUGUCCGCACAAAAGGGAUAGCUGUCCGAGGACGCUCUUUCGCAGAAAGAAGCACCAUGGAUGAAGAGGAGCAGUUCGUCAACAUUGAUCUGAACGAUGACAAUAUCUGUAGUGUCUGCAAGCUCGAGACAGAAACGGGCACCUUGUCUUUCUGCCAUGUCUGCUUUGAACUCAGCAUUGAAGGCAUCUCCUCUGCUACAUUGUUGCACUCAAAGUCCCUGCGCGGCCACAGAGACUGCUUUGAGAAAUGCCACCUCAUCGCCAACCAGAAGCUGUCACGUUCCAAGGUCUCCCGAAGUGCCUAUGAGGGCAUGAAGUUGGCCCUUAGCCAGAAACUGAACCGCAUCAUCCAGUACGCCCAGAACAAAGACUCUGUCUCCUCCAACGGUCCCAGCAGACGGGGUUCCAAGCUUCUUUGUUACAGCCAGCAGAGUGACUGCAAGCUGCUUCCCCAGUCGGAUGCCCAGGUGCCCCGGUACACGCCCUGCUGGGACAGGGGCAAAGCAACUGGGCUGCCUGACUACGCCAUGGGGAUGCUGGAAUGCCACACAGCAGAGGAGCUAGGAAUCCUGCAAGAGUCACAAUCUGAUGUUUGGCCUGUUGACAGCAGGAAAGGCCUUCACAACCGUAAUCAGUCGUCGGGAGGAGGACAGCCACAGCACAGACACCAGGGCCACAGCAGAGAUGAAUUGACUGAAAUGAGUGUGGACGAGCUCCAUCAGCUGAAUGCCCAACUUCUGAUGCAGAUUCAAAAAGUCUUCGAGGAGCUGACAGUGGCUGUGCAAGAGAAAGACUCAUUGGCAUCAGAGCUGCAUGUGCGUCACAUCGCCAUCGAGCAGCUCUUUAAGAACUGUGCCAAGCUGCCCUGGCUGCACAUUAGCAGGGCUGGGGUCAAGGCCAGCAACAGCAGCGGCCCUGUGGAGUGAGGUGCUGCUGCUGGGAGGAAGCUAAGACACACAACGUGGUGGCCGCAGGCGAAGCCCAAAAGGCCUUUAUGUAUACUGAGUGACUUUUACAACACUGUGGUGAGGCUGAGUGUUAGAUGUGCAUUAGAGCAGCAUUAAGGGCUCGGUUGACAUGGCCGCUGUGCUGUUGGGUGCAGUGAUGAUGCAAGGAUUAAUGGUGGUUUGCAGUUGCAAACAAAUUGCUGGUCUGGCAUGUGACCUGAAUUCCACCCAACUCAUGUACCCAGGAUGCAUGUUAAUACCCACCCGGUGAGACAGGGCUCAGAGCUUCCCGGCCCGGGAACACUAUGACGACAUGUCCUUGUUGGACCAUGAUCCUUAAAGAAUAUCUUUUAAGAUUUACCUUGAUGCAGACUAAGUAAACUGUGUCUGUAUAAUUUCACAUAAAUGAUUGCUCUUGGUUUUAUUUUCAUUUGUUGAGUUUGCUUUCAGACAUUUCAGUUUUCACUGUUUUCAUUUCCUGUCGAUACAUUUUCAUUUCAUUUCAUUUCAUUCAAAUAUGGGUUUAGCGCAGCUUAAUGCUCCUCCAUAUGGUAUCUGAUUGUUCCCUGUAGAGUGUAGUGAGUUUCAGUAUUUUAUAAAAUGGCUUGGGUGAGUACUUGAUGCAGAAGACCUGGACACUGUCUGCCAUAUUAAGACCAUCGGGCACUGCCAGCAGUACUGUUUGAUUGUUCUAAUGUAAAGCGUUAUCAAGGUUUAAGCCUGCAGCAGCACUCUGGCAAUAUAAUGGCUUGAAACAUGAAUUUUAGAGUUGCCUUCAAACUGCCCUAAUUAGAUGUUUAUGUAUUUGGAAAAAUUGUGAUCCAAUGAAGUGUCUGCCAUUUUGUAGAUCAGGUAGAUUCACCACAGUCUGCUAUAUCUGCUGGGGAAACUACAAGUAAUUAUACACACUAUCGGAGCUUUGAUAAAUGUAUUUCAAACAAAGGAAAAAAAAUGUGCCACAAUAAUUCAUAUCUGAAUGUCUAAUCUAAAAAGGGCAUGAGAAACACCCAAAAGUAGCCCAAAGCAUCAAUGCAAUAAAGACAAAUCAGAGUGUAAAAGUUAAGUUUGUCUAUGGGGAUGAUGAUGUCUAUUCUGGGAGGUGUCCAUGAACUCAUACUUGUUGGCAAGCGGCAAGUGAAGAUAUCAUUAUGGACCGUUAUUAAAUAUCAGUUAGUAAACCCUCUUAAAGUUAAUAUACUCACUUAAAGUGAUGUUUUUUUGUUUGUUUUUAAUCCAGCAUUAGGGUUUAUAUUGACUAUUGAUUAUUGCUGGUGAGAUUUACUUGAUAGUGAGUACAGAGCUGUUCAUUGCAGUCAAGCACAAACCGUACUUAUGGCUAUACACUGAAUAUGGGAAGGUGCAACAAAAGAAAAAGAAAUCUAGCUGCCAAACCAAAGUCUGUAUUUGUUCUGUUUAACAUGUGAACUGCAAGCAUUUGACUUAGAUUUCCAUUAACAGAGGAAGAAUGCAAUACCAAAAUGAUUUAAAACAUAUGUGGCUUAAGGAUUUUUAGAGAUGUUUGGUUCAGUGUGUGUAAUAAUGAACCAGAGAUUUUUACUCCAAGUGUUGACGUGGAAAUGAUUUGUUCUCAAGUUAGAGAAGGCGUAUGUUUCAUGAUGUUUUAUUUAUCUGUAAAAGUUUUACUUUACUGUGCAUUGUUAGCUUUUGUUGCUCUCUCUCCUGUACCGAUGUGUGAGAGCUAAGUUGAUGUCACAGCAAUACAAACAGGAUAGUCGAGUCUUCUGUGCCUCUGGAGGUCCCUGAUUUUUGAACAAAAGGACACAAAGAGGGUUGUAGAGGAUGGCAUUGAGAGUCAGUGUUUUAAGCCUGUAAUUGAACUACGUUUAUUAUUCAGGAACCCUAUGCAAGACAGAGACAAAUAAAUCAGAAGCCUUAUAAAGUAGAAAAUAUCUUUUAAGAUAAUUGGUUAUCUGAGUUUUCCUCAGAGGAGGUCACAGAGCUACUCAAAUAUAAUAAGCUGGGGAAAGUCAAGGUUAUAAUCAGACUGAUGUUUAGAGAAACUCAGCAUUGUCAGUGUAUCUCUUUUGCGCUCUCUUUGUAAGAGAUUAAAUGUAUUUGACCCCUUUUAGGGUUUAAAGUUUAAAGGUUUUAGCUCCAUUUUAACUUUUAUCUUGGUUUUAUUUGAAUAACUGUUCAGUGUGCUUGAAUGUGUGUGACAGUACUCAGAUUUCUGGUCCUUAACGCAAAUGUUCAGUCUUUCAGUCUUCAGUUGUGUGUGUUUUUUUUUUUUUUUUAAUUAUUAUUAUUUGUCUUAUAAUAAUGAUUGCUGUGUAUUUUUGUAUACUGUGGAAACGUGGCUGGGCCUGUGCCUCCGCUCAACAGAAAAUUCAGGCGGCUGCCUGGUUUCGGUCGUCUGUUUUGGCAGUCGCGUUAUCAUUUACUGGAGAUGUAAGCAAAACUGUUACACUUCCACCUCCUACCUUUAGACUUGACUCUUUGUUCAUUUGUUUUCUUAUGUGGAACAAAGCUGCAUUUGUGUUGUGUGAUGUUUUACAUUCUAUUUAUUCUGUGUGUUCAUGGACCUUUCAAAGGCUAUGUGACUUGUGCUUAAGUGACCGUUUGUAUUAUUUUGUAAAAUAUUUCAAUAAAAUCAGAUUAUUUUUUACUACACA